UUGAAAACUGGCAGAAGCCUCACACCCAGGUGGUAAACCGGGACUGCAGUCACCUCAUUGGUCCGCUCUUGUCAUCUCCAGAAAGGGUUGGACGCCUGAGCAAUAAAAGCACAUCCAGAUAAGAAAUCCGCAUCAGAGUAGACGCGGAGCAGAGAACAAGUGGAGGUGUAAACGUGACAAACAACUUGACCAGGAGCGGCCCAAGGAGAACAAGUGGGAUCGGAACAAGUCGUGCAGACGACGGAACCAGAUAGUCAAACCAAGGAGGGUCUUUGAGAAAACCAAGGAACUGAAGAUAAAGUGUCACCAUGUCAUCUUUUGGCCUGGAGCUUGUGGGCGUGACGGUGGCCGUAUUGGGUUGGGUCCUGAGCGUGGUGAGCUGCGCGCUGCCCAUGUGGCGGGUAUCUGCCUUUAUCGGAGCCAACAUCGUGACAGCGCAGGUCUACUGGGAAGGUCUGUGGAUGAGCUGCGUGUUCCAGAGCACGGGCCAGAUGCAGUGCAAGGUCUACGACUCCAUGCUGGCACUCCCCCAGGACCUGCAGGCGGCCCGCGCCCUGACCGUGGUCUCCAUCAUCCUGGGGGUUCUGGCCUUGCUAAUCUCCUUGGUAGGUGCCAAAUGCACCAACUGCAUUGAAGAUGAGGGUGUCAAAGCCAAGGUGACCAUCACAUCAGGCGCCAUCUUCAUCACGGCGGCGCUAACCCAGCUGGUGCCUGUGUCUUGGUCAGCCAACACUAUCGUGGUGGAGUUCUACAGUCCCAUCGUCCUGUCGGGACAAAAGAUGGAACUCUUCUCGGCCAUGUCGAUGGGCACGGAGCUGGUGGGCAUAUGCCUGGGGGUGCUAGGCUUCCUGAUGUCCAUCGUGAUGUGCGCGCUGCCCAUGUGGAAGGUGACAGCAUUUGUGGGCGCGAAUAUCAUCACGGCACAGACCAUCUGGGAGGGCCUGUGGAUGAACUGCGUGACACAGAGCACUGGACAGAUGCAGUGCAAGGUGUACGACUCUAUGCUGGCACUGCCUCAGGACCUGCAGGCGGCGCGCGCCAUGAUGAUCGUGGCUAUUAUCCUAGGUGUCCUUGGAGUACUAGUGUCGGUGACGGGCGCCAAGUGUACCAACUGCAUCGACGAAGAAGGUGCCAAGGCCCGGGUGAUGAUUGCUUCUGGCAUCCUCUUCAUUUUAGCUGGCUUGCUGGUACUCAUUCCGGCCUGCUGGACCGCCCACGUGGUGGUGCGCAACUUCUACAAUCCCAUCCUGACCAACCCUCAGCGGCGCGAGCUGGGUGCCUCGCUUUACAUCGGCUGGGGGGCAUCCGCCCUGCUGCUGAUCGGUGGUGCCAUCUUGUGCAGCAGCUGCCCGCCUAAAGAGCAACGUUACAAACCGCCCAGGAUGGCAUACUCGGCACCACGCAGUAACAACACCGGAUAUGACCGCAAGGACUACGUGUAAAUGUGUCGUCCUAACAAAGGUGUGGCCUGAAGUUGUUUUAACCUUGAAAAGUUGGAACUUACAUAAAACGAUAAGAUCUAAAUAGGUCCUUCUGAACAAAAGACAAAUUCAAAAACCAAUUCUGCUCUCAACUUGUAUUAUAUUUGUAUAAAAUCUAUUUGUUGUGGCAUGCAUUUCAAGAAAUAGAAAAUUAAGUACCACCAAUAUGACUUUAUCCGCUUUGUAUGUACAAUUAUUUUUGCCGUCUGUAUGUGUAAACGAGUGUGUGUUUUGGAGUUGUGUUACACCAAAACGGUGUUUAAAUGUGUUUUAGAUUUAUUUCUUCCUUAACGUUGAUUCACUUUUGUGUAUGUGUGUGAGACCGCAUUAGGGUGUCCUCACAAAGACUCCGACAUGAAGUUAAAAUCUUCCUGCUUUACUUUAUUGUUCAUUCUGUCUUUCCCACGUCUGUGUGUUCGUUUGUGAGGGUGUCAUGUUUCACCGAAACUGUUCUAACAACUGUGCUGAAGCGCCUGCUUCUCAUUUUACAUUUACAUUUGCUUCUUCCUUGUGUGUGUGCGUGUGUGUAUGUGUGUAAUAUUUGCUUAGAGAUAGACUGAAACUGAAGAUGAUGUGCGAUGGCUGUAGGCUGCUCGCUCACAGUUUCACUGUGGCUGGGUGGGGUCAGCGCAGACUUCAUUUUGACAGUGUGAUAUAUUUUAAUUAUGAUUAUAAUAAUAUGAAUGACUAAAGAAAUGUAACUUAUUGUGCGAGCACGUUUCAUAGAACCAUAGCUGUGACGUUUUUUAAUGUCAGUGCCACUAAAUAGUGUGUGAGAGAGUGGAGAUGUUUAUUUUUCAAAAUACUUGUUUUUUUCUUUAAAUGGAAUGAGGUGGAGAUGAAAUGUUUUUGUCAAUAUUGUGCUUGACUUGUAUCAUACAUUUCAAUAAAAGUUGU